CAAGCAAUUGCAGUCGGCAGCAUGAGCGACGAUAUGAUGGUUCCGCAAGGAGGUGGCAUUCUGGGUCGCUUCGAGAAUGUGCGCACUAAGAAAAGUGCCAAGAAAAGUGUGACAUGCGAUGCAGCCACACCGGAAUACAUCAGGCAUGACUUUCUGAAGCCUCAGCACCUUCCCAUUGAGUAUGUGGAUGAGGCUGCCAACUAUGCAGCAGCCUCCAACAUCAACGAGACACGCUUCCACAAGGGGUUUCAUCGCCGCCAUCAGGCAGACAUUCAACAAGAUGCAGCACGGCUUGAACACGAAGCCGUGCGUGAGCACUCUCGCCAGGAGAAGGCGUCCGCUCAGUCAGAAGCGGCAAGGCAGUUUCGUGAGAAGUGCACUUUCAACAUUCUGACAGGUGAGGGAACUGGGCGCGAAUGCGAGUUUCGCCACAUCGGCAAGAAAAUAUUGAACCCCUACGGCAAUAUGCAGGCGACCUUUGCUGAGCACGACAGAGAAGAACGACAUCGAAUCAAAAACUCCACGCAUCGGUUCUUUGAGCACCCAGCACCGCAAAAGGAGGUUAGAACAUCCAACCUCUUUCACGAGGGGCUGGCUGACACCGUAAAAGAGUCGGCCAUUCUAGGCUUUGGCAGGAGCGGCGUCUCGCGCACCAGGGCGCUCUCGUGGCUUUUGACUUUGCCUUUCCAUUUGAGAACUUAGCUCACCACGUUGGCAAUGAGCGUCUCAAGUGGAAGGGCCAUUUUUGAUGUGGUGAUGAAAGAUACAUGCAAGUCCCAGGAUGUACGAACCUUCCUGGUGGCCCAUUUUGGAGGGAUCCUUCACUUUCUGGGGGCGAACACUUCCCCACUACUCAGCCAGGUGAUUUUUCUGGGGUCGACAUUCCGCC